UUAACGGUCCGCGGUGACGUCACGCUCCGGCUGCAGCUCUUCUGGGCCUGUCUCUGAACCGAAGAGGACGGAUAUUCCUCUUUAUUACCAACAUCUUUUACACUUACAGACCUCCGGUUGUCACCGAAAAAACCCCACAGAAAUGGGAAACUGUCAGCCCACAGUUUUUCCCUACGAGGAUUUUGAUGUGGUAGCAGACAUCAAGGCCAUCCGCAAAGCCUGCAAAGGGUUUGGAACUGAUGAACAGGCGAUCAUUGACAUCCUGGCAAACCGCUGCUGGGCUCAGCGUCAGGAAAUCAAACAGGCUUACUUUGACAAGUACGACGAUGAGCUGGUGGACGUGUUAAAGAGUGAACUGUCGGGGAACUUUGAGAAGGCCAUCCUCGCCAUGUUGGACCCGCCCGUCAUCUACGCUGUGAAGGAGCUCCGGAAGGCCAUGAAAGGAGCUGGCACUGAUGAAGAUGUACUGGUGGAGAUCCUCUGCACGGCCACCAACGCUGACAUAGCCAUGUUCAAGGAAUGCUACUUUCAGGUUCAUGAACGUGAUCUGGAAGCAGAUAUCGAGGGAGAUACAAGUGGGGACGUUAGAAACCUUCUCACUGCUAUGCUGCAGGGCAACAGAGAUGAAAGUUACGACGUGAACGAGGAUGAGGCCGAGCAGGAUGCUACUGCCCUGUUUGAGGCUGGUGAGGGUUGCUUUGGGACGGAUGAAUCCACCUUCAGCUACAUCCUGGCCACCAGAAAUUACCUGCAGCUCCAGGCCACCUUCAAAAUAUAUGAACAGCUCUCUGGAACUGAAAUCCUAGACGCCAUUGAUAAGGAAACGUCUGGCACACUGAAAAAAUGCUACACUGCUCUCGUGAGAGUUGCUAAGAACCCACAACUCUACUUUGCCAGACGACUGCACGAUGCCAUGAAAGGAGCUGGCACUGAUGAGGACACGCUGAUUCGCAUUAUUGUGUGUCGCUCAGAGUUUGAUUUGGAGACCAUCAAAGACAUGUAUCUGGAGAAAUACGACGUGUCUUUGAAGGACGCCCUGCGGGACGAGUGCAGCGGUGACUUCAAACGCCUCCUGCUGGCCAUCUGCCACUGAACGCUGGAGAAGUUUCCUUUCUAACCAACUAGCUGAACUAUCUCUGUAUGACAUCCUAAAACAACAGGAGGGUGGUGAAGUUAUGGGAUUAUUUUCAUGUUAUUUACACGUCUUACCUAAAUAUCUCUGUUUGGCAUUAUUUUCAUUUUAUUUUUCUUAUGUUAUUCACAUUCUGGACUCAUUCGUGUGUGAAAAUCUUUCUGUCUGUUAUUGCCCAUUUCCUAGUCCAAAUUUUAGCUCACUUUUUACAAGCUUUACUAGCAGUAUUUAGAUAUGUGGCCUAACUGUAAAGAAACAUUAAGAUCCCUGUUUCCAACACAAACAAGAACCAGCUGAAGUCACACUGAUAGAGUUACGUUGAGGGUGGUGUGAUCAGGCGCUCCGAAGCUGGAUAGGAAACAUCAUGAGCAUAAGCCAUGAUAUUUCCUCAAACUGCCUCUGCUGUGCCCACUGACACAAGUGCAGCAUUGUAUUUGUAAAAGAAUAUAAGUUUUAACUUUUAAAUCAAAUAACUUCUGUCACCCUCCAUUCCCCGAACAAAUCAUCUCUGUUGUUAUGACGAAGUUGGGAGUUUAGAUGAAGAAAUGUGAAAGUUUGUUUUGAUGGACUAUCAGCUGGUACCAUGAAGGAUAUGCAAUGUUAUGACUAAGAAUUUUCUGAACUGUUUUAUGUAUUUUAUCAGUUACUUGCUGAAUUUUUUAAAUCCUCUAUCGCUAUAAUUUGACAAACCCAAGUACUCCUCACUUUGUUUUAUAUUUUAUAUUUCAUGACUAACAAAGCAGAUAAUUAAUAUAUAACAUUAUAGACUUUAUUGUUUUCAGUAGCCCAGAGAUUUAUAAGCGAAAAGAAACUUGAUUUUAGUAAAAUUUUUGAGGUUAGCUGAGCAUUAACAUCUGGAAAGUCUGAAGUCUUUGUCGUGUGUCUAUUUACGGCAGCUUAGAUUUGUUAGGAAUGACCACUAUCUGCAACAACAGCAACACAUGAGAUAAUCGCAACCAGGACAUCAGCUGUGUGCCUCCCUGUAGCCAAAGAAUUUUAACCUAACUAUUAAUAAAGUUCAUUGUAACAUCA